UUUCGAUCGCUUUUUAUUUAUAUUUUUAGCGUGUCGUAAAUGGGAUUAUGCCCCCAUUCUGGCUUCUCUGCGUGGCUUUGUGGAUCAGGAUCGUUGGCUGCCCAGCAAUGGAGGAAGGGGAUGGCGCCCCGCUCCCCAUCGCUCUAGUGGAGGCCCGGCCCUGGAGUGUGAGCAAGGUCCACACGCACAGCCACCCUCUGCCGGGCCAGGACCUGCGGGAGGCGGACUACGUAGUGGACCAGCCGUUGCACCGCGACACCCACCUUGACCCCCAAGAAGACGACCCUUCUCCCUCCCACAGGUAUCGAUAUAAACGCUAUGUCAAGAAAGUACGUCGAAGACAAAUCAAGCUUGCCCGGCGACUAAAGGCACGCCAGCGACGAGCACAAACUCGCCUAAGAAAAAUGCGCCGCACCGUGAUGCUUCGCAGAAAACAGCUUCGUAGACGAUAUUGCCUUCAGACUAAGCGCCUAGCACAGCAGCGUUGCAGGACACGUAGAGUUCGACCGCAGUGCAUCAAACAACGAAGGCAUCGACAGCAGCGCCUCCGACAAAGAAAGAUUCAAAGGCAGCGCCUUAGACAACGAGGGCUUCAAAAGCAGCGCCUCCGACAACGAUGGCUUCAACGGAAGCGCCUUAGGCAACGAAGACUUCAACAGCAGCGCCUCAAACAAAUACGGCUUCAACGGCAGCGCCUUAGACAAAGAAAGCUUCAAAACCAGCGCCUUAGACAACGAAGGCUUCAAUACCAGCGCCUUAGACAACGAAGGCUUCAACAGCAGCGCCUUAGACAACGAAGGCUUCAGCAUCAGCGCCUUAGACAACGAAGGCCUCAACAGCAGCGCCUAAGACAACGAAGGCUUCAGCAUCAGCGCCUUAGACAACGAAGGACUAGACAGCAGCGCCUUAGACAAAUGUGGCUUCAAAAGCAGCGCCUCCGAAAACGAAAGAUCCAAAAGCAACGUUUCAGACAACGAAGGCUUCAACAGCGGCGCCUCAGGCAACGAGGACUUCAGCAGAAGCGCCUCAGGCGACGAUAUCUGCAGCAUCGUCAACAGCGUCGCCGGCAGCAAAUACGCUAUCAACAUCGCCGCAGACAAAAACAUAAGAGUCGUGCAUUUAAACUCAGAAAGCUAAAGUGUGUUGAGAAGCAACGCUUAAAGCGAAGGCGUAAUCAAAAGCGACGUCUGCGUCUCAGAAAGCAACGCCGCCGCCGCCGCCUCCGGAAGUCUUUCAAACGGAAGCUGUUGCAGAGGAAGUGUCUUAAAAGGAAGCUCGUCAAACGACAGCUGCGUAAAGAGAGACAAAACUGCCGACGACGUCUCAAACAAAAGCUCCUGAAACAAAGACGCCUCUUGCGUAAGCUGCUAAUGAAGUCGGAUCCGGCAAAGACGAGCGACGCAGAGGACCUUCUCUCAGAAAGGGAACGCACCCAACAUCGGAUUCAGCGACUUUCUGAUAUACUCAAGCGGCGCCGCAGCGGCCGGGAGAAACAACAAGACUCCCUUAAUCUGCCUGCCCAGACCAACGUGCACUGCCCCCUCCAGAAGCUCGUGAACUGCAGCCAGACGGGCAACGCCAGCAUGUGUGUGGAGGUGUACGAUAGCUACCACAUGGACCGCAAGUGUCCCGGAGCCAUACUCGUGGCCUGAGGUCCGGCCCGUCGUUCCGCUGAGCUGUGAGUCAGUGGCUUCAAGGCCGAGGAGCGGUGGCCGUGUUGGGGAUUGUGCUGCGGGUCUGGCUUUCCCUUUUCAGUAAACUUUUCAUUCGUUCCACUCGUCCUGUCAGUAACCAUUGCUUUC